GUUCGAUUGGUCGAUACUUCUGGCUUGAGGAAGCUGGCUGGCUGCCAGUUGAAUUUCGACGAGGAUACUUUCCAGUCGAGCACCGGGCGCAGAAUUGUGGAUCUCGACGUUAGCAGCAACGCCUUCCAGGGCGUCAUGGGCGUGCGCUGUCUCCUGAGGUGCCAAGACUGGCCGCUCCCGUCUAUGCACGAC